AUGCCUGCUAGGAAAGGAGGCAGGCCAACCCUCAGUCAGGGCUUGGACCGUGAAGUCUACCAAAUCGUGCGCAAGAUCAUUGACGACCAAGGUGACAAUGAGCGCAUCCGUCUAUCGGUCCAAUCUAUCUACGAAAUAAUCAAAAAAUCAAACUCGAGUUUGAACCGGAAACCAAAGAGAUUAAUCGAAGACAGCCUGGAGCGAGUAUUGGAAGUGGUCAAGGCUGAUAUUGGUGACGACGAUGAGGAUUCUGUGGAGGGGGAUUUCGAGGGUCUCGAGGAACCCCCCGCUGCGGAGCCCAAUGGAAUGAACCAAAGCCUUGUAGGCUCAUGGGCAACACCCAAAGCCAAAAAGCCCGAACCCGCUGCCGCACCGACUGCCUCGAAGAGAAGAAGAGACGGUGGAGAAUCUGCCUCCAAGCGUCGCAAGGCCGAGCCCGCGGAUCGAUCCCCGCCAACACAUGUCAGUCUCGCCGAUUUGGGUGGUCUGGACGAUGUGGUGCAAGAACUUGGAGACUUGGUCAUCCUGCCUAUGACCCGGCCACAGGUCUACCUUUCAUCCAAUGUGCAGCCGCCGCGCGGAGUUCUGCUACACGGUCCGCCGGGUUGCGGUAAGACGCUCAUUGCGAACGCUUUCGCCGCGGAGCUGGGCGUGCCUUUCAUCUCAAUCUCUGCACCUUCGGUGGUAUCAGGAAUGUCUGGUGAAUCCGAGAAAGCCCUGCGCGAGUACUUUGAAGAAGCCAAGCGUCUCGCCCCCUGUCUGAUUUUCAUUGAUGAGAUUGAUGCGAUUACGCCCAAGCGCGAGAGUGCACAGCGAGAGAUGGAGAAGCGAAUCGUUGCCCAGCUCCUGACCUGUAUGGACGAGAUCGCCCUCGAAAAGACAGAUGGAAAGCCCGUCAUCGUACUAGCGGCCACCAACCGCCCCGAUAGUCUCGAUGCCGCCCUGCGCCGCGGUGGACGUUUCGACAAGGAGAUCAACAUGACCGUGCCCUCAGAGCCGGUCAGAGAGCAGAUUCUACGAGCCCUCACCCGUAAAAUGCGUAUGGCAGAUGACAUCGAUCUCAAGACCCUCGCCAAGCGCACCCCUGGCUUCGUCGGCGCCGAUUUGAACGACCUCGUCUCAACGGCCGGUGCGGCAGCCAUCAAAAGAUACCUCGAAAUUCUUAAGUCCAACAGCGGCGAAGAAAUGGAAAUGGAAAUGGAUGUCGAAAGCGAGGACGUUAUCAGCCCUCGAGUCCGCGAGCUCCGCCGCCUAAUCAACCACGCCAAGGAAACACCCAUCGGCGAAGAAUCAGAAGUCGUCCUUGUCUCAAACGCAGAUUUCUUUACUGCCCUCCCCAAAAUCCAACCUUCCUCCAAACGCGAAGGCUUCGCCACAAUCCCCGACACUACCUGGUCUGAUAUCGGUGCUCUGGGCGGAAUUCGUGAGGAACUCGUCACUGCCAUCGUCGAACCAAUCAAGAACCCAGAUAUCUACGCAAACGUCGGUAUCACCGCACCGACGGGUGUUCUCCUCUGGGGACCACCGGGUUGCGGUAAAACGCUUCUGGCCAAGGCAGUCGCGAACGAGUCCCGCGCGAACUUCAUCAGCGUCAAGGGUCCAGAACUCCUCAACAAAUUUGUCGGAGAGUCCGAGCGCGCUGUUCGACAGGUCUUCAUGCGUGCGCGCUCGUCCAUCCCCUGUGUUAUCUUUUUCGACGAGUUGGACGCUCUGGUCCCCCGUCGUGAUGAUACACUUUCUGAAGCGUCCGCUCGCGUCGUCAACACAUUGCUCACCGAGCUAGACGGCCUAGGCAGUGCCCGACAAGGAAUUUACGUCAUUGCUGCCACGAAUAGACCUGACAUUAUUGAUCCGGCCAUGCUGCGUCCCGGUCGUCUGGAGACAUUACUCUUUGUCAACUUGCCUUCGCCGACGGAACGCGUCGACAUCUUGCAAACUCUUGUGCGGAACUUGGCUAUUGAGUUCUCUGAUGAGCUGCGCACACUUGCGGAGGAUUGUGAGGGAUUCAGUGGUGCCGAUUUGGGCAGUUUGUUGCGAAGGGCUGGAUACUCUGCUAUCAAGCGGAAAGAUACGAUUAAGUUUGAGGACUUUGUCAAUGCUAAGUCGUUUAUUCGGCCUAGUGUUACAGAUUUGAAAAAGUAUGAGAAGUUAAGGAGGGAUUGGAGCGGUGGUGUGAUUUGA